CUUUCGGAACAAUGGAUACCUGGACCACGUGUAUGCAUCCUUCAGAUGUGAUAUAAAAACCUGGAUAGCGCCGCACUCAGCAGUCGAACUCGUCAACAGGCUUACCGGAGAUGUUGAAGUUUGCGGUGACCGUAAGCGCUUUGGUGGCCGUCGCCUGGUCACGUGGCGUCGCUCCCGACGGCCUCCAUCCGACAUCGGAUGAGACGAUCGAUUUCAUCAACAACCUCAACACGACUUGGACGGCUGGUCGCAAUUUCGACAAGUCCAUCAGUCUGGAAUAUCUCCGAGGUCUGAUGGGCGUCCACCCGAUGUCGUUCAUGCACCGGCUGCCGACAAUCGAGCACGACGUCGACCCAGAUGAUCUUCCCGAUAGCUUCGACGCCCGCCAGAAAUGGAGUCACUGUCAUUCCAUCGGAGACAUCAGGGACCAAGGUUCUUGUGCAUCUGACUGGGCGCUCGCACCAGCGGAAGCCAUAUCAGACCGUGUCUGCAUUCACAGCCACGGGGAGAUCCAAGUGAACAUUUCAGCGGAAGAUAUUUUGGCCUGCUGCAUAUGGUGCGGCCAUGGGUGCGAUGGCGGGAUACCUAGUUUCUCCUGGAUAUACUGGAACGAGGAAGGCAUUGUGACUGGCGGUCCCUUUGGCACCAAGGACGGCUGCGUGCCCUACUCAAUCCCUCCCUGCGAACACCAUAUGAAGGGCAAGCGAGCACCUUGUACAACGAUCCCGACUCCGACGUGCCAAGAGAAAUGCCGCGAUGGGUACCAGAAGACCUACAAAGAGGACAAACAUUAUGGUCAAGCACCUUACUCCGUUGGACCAGACCAAGACCAGGUUAAGGCAGAGAUCUACAAAAACGGUCCAGUGGUAGCUGUCUUCGAGGUCUAUGAAGAUUUCUGGCACUACAAAUCCGGUGUGUACAAACACACCAGUGGCCCAUCCUCUCGCGCCCAUUCAGUUAAAAUCCUGGGAUGGGGCACAGAAAAGAGUGUGCCCUACUGGCUGGCGGCCAACUCGUGGAACACCGACUGGGGAGACAACGGCUACUUCAAGAUCCUGCGAGGCUCCGAUGAAUGCGGAAUUGAACGAUUCAUCAGUGCUGGAAUUCCACAGAAUGAAUAAACCACUUGUGUAUGGUUGUCUGUAUCAUGAAGAAUCAUGGCAUGGUGCU